UGUUCCAGCUCACGCGGGCUGUCGGAGAACAACACGCCGCGAGCGAGCGAAGAGCGUCACCAUGGCGACAGCGAUCUAUCUCGAACAUUAUCUCGACAGCAUUGAAAACCUGCCCUGUGAUCUCCAGAGAAACUUCACCCUGAUGCGGGAACUGGACAACAGAGCCGAGGAGAAAAAGUGUGAAAUCGAUAAGCUGGCAGAAGAAUACAUCAAGAGCGUCCGAAACCUUGCUCCGGAUCAGAGAGUGGAGCACCUGCAGAAGAUCCAGAGCGGAUUCAGCAAGUGCAAAGAAUACAGCGACGACAAAGUGCAGCUCGCCAUGCAGACGUACGAGAUGGUGGACAAACACAUCCGAAGGCUGGACGCCGAUCUCGCUCGCUUUGAGAACGAGCUGAAGGAAAAGUUGGACGUCAGUGGCUACGAAAGUCCAGACAACAGAUCGGUCAAGAAAGUUAGCGGUCGAGGAAGUCUGAAGGAAAAACGACGGCCGAAAGGAAGAGGACGCAAACCUUCAGACGACGACUCGCCGCGGAAAAAGAAAAUGAAGAACAGCCCUGAGUUCUCCGAGUCCGUUCUUCCAGUUCACCCGUCAGACGUCUUAGACAUGCCCGUCGACCCCAAUGAGCCCACGUACUGCCUGUGCCACCAAGUGUCAUACGGAGAAAUGAUCGGAUGCGACAACCCAGACUGUCCCAUUGAGUGGUUUCACUUCGCCUGCGUUGAUCUGACAACCAAACCCAAGGGGAAAUGGUUCUGUCCGAGAUGCACCCAGGAUCGAAAGAAGAAAUGAGAUGCACCUUUGUAACGUUGAGAGAUUACAUUUCUAUAUGAAUAUAUACGUAUGCAUAUAUAUGUAUUUUGUCUAAGUAGUAAAAUAGGAUAAUAUAUAUAUAUACUCCUUUAUAUGGCCGUGAUGAAAUACAUGAGGGCCGCGAGAAAACAAAGUUUUUAUUUUUGAAAGUACUUGAAAUGUUUCCAUAUGUUUGAGUUUCACUCUGUGUUGUCAAAUUGUCAUUUUCAGACAAUCUAGGAUAUAUUAUAUAUGAUAUAUAUAUAUUUUUUUUUCUCUUUACUUACUGAUUAGUAUUUCCAUUUCUAUGAAGCUUCAAGCAAAUUUCAUGUCAUUGUGCUUUUGCUAGUGAAAUGUUUUGAAGUCAUUCGAACGAAUUUCUCAAACUUUUAACGCGCUGAAUUUGGCAUCAAACAUAUGUGUUUGUCUUUCUUGCACUUAAAGUAUAAUGCGACUACUUCUUUUCUGCAACUAUUGAUUUGCUUUGAAAUUCAAACUUGUUGUUGGAGCAAAGUGAAACUUUGAAGUGCAGGUGAUACGUUUUAUUGUUAUAAUUAUGUAAUUCCAGAAGAUAAUCCAAAAUCUCAUGCAGCAUAAGUGCUGUGUUUAAGUGUCUUUUUUUUCAUUUAAAUUCUGCUUUAUCUUUCGCUGGUCGCAAUUAUAUUUUGCAGAACUUAAAGUGAUUAACUACUGUGGAAGCUUGUUUCCACCUCAGAAUUAAAAUAUUAUAAAAGUUUAUUCUUCAUUCAAGCCAUUCUCCAAAUGUCACAAAUUCUGAAGCUAAUGUGGCAAUAAACUUGAAUCAAGUCAAGAAGUCCUGUCGCAAUUCUGCCUUUUUUUCUCAUUAUGUUAAAAGUCUGAAUUGUGAGACACAAAGCCGCACAAUGUUUUUUAUUCUGUGGCAGGAAAACAACAACUGAAUUGCGAGAUAUAAAAUGUACAAAGAUGUUACGUUUUUUCUCCACUAUUUUCUCAAUUCUUUAGUUUAUAUCUUGCAGUUGUGUUUCUGAUUCACCAAGAAAUAAGAGGGGUUUUUUUUCGCAGUUGCGAGUAUUAUGUAUCGCAAUUUGGACUUUUCUUCUCUGAAUUAUGAGUUUGUAUCUUAGAUUAUAUAUUUAGUUUCUAUAAAGCCAAAAAAUUUAUUUUGUCGCAGAAAAAAGGUUUAUAUUUUGUUAGUGUUUUUUGUACAUAAAAAGUAAAAAAAAAGAAAAAAUUGGACAAUUGCAAUUUGUAUCUUAAUUCUGAGUUUAUAUCUCACAAUUCUGACUCUUUUGCGAUUGCAAUUUUAUAUGCUUUAAUUUGUAUCUUGGAAUUCUGAAUCUUUUCUCACAAAUGCAAAUUUAAUUGAUUUUUUUCGCAUUUCAUUAGUUUAUAUCUCGCGAUUUUGCUUCUGCCAUGGAAUAAAAAAACCAAUAAAUAUAUUUCUGAGUUUAUAUCUUACAUUUCAGAUUUUUUUUCUCGCAAUUGCAAGUUUAUACGUCAGUUUAGACUUUUCUCACAGCUCUUUAGUUUCUAUCGCACAGUCCUUACUUUUCCCUCAGAAUUGUGAGAUAUAAACUCUUAAUUGCAAGAAACUAAAUUCGAAUUGUGAGAUAAAAUGUUGCAAUUACCUUUUUGAUUCUGGGGCACAUACAAAAAAAGAAUUAUGAGAUAAAUUUUUCUUUCUUUUGAUUACCUAUCCUUAGUUUAUAUCUCGCAAUUGUGUGUUUUUUUUUUUUUUUUUUUGAAUAAAAAAAUGUAACUGUGACUUUCUAUUUCGUAACUCAAUGUUUUGCACGCAAUUGCGAAUUUAUGUAAAAUUCAGACUUUUCCUCUUAGAAUAGCAAUUCUUUAGUUUGAGAACUGUGAGAUAUAAAUGCCAGGAAUAAAGUCCAAACAGUGCGAUAAAAAGGUCACAGUUAAUUUUUUUAUGUUUUUAUCCCAUGCGCUCAAACAGGUUAGCAUUAACCACCGUGUUUCAAAGCCCAUCCUGAAGAAGCGUCUCGCCUCAGUUCUGAAUGUUUGAAGCGUGUGGUAUGGGCAGUAUCUGCCAUCAUUUCUCCAGCAGCUCUGAUGCACUUUUUAAUGACCAGAUUUGGCACUUUUGACCAGAGCGCUUUCAGAUUCUCUGCUGUUUUUAUGGCUGUAAAGGUUGGAAGAGCGAACUAGCUGUCAGUGGAUCAACCAAAGUGAGAUCAAGCGGUGUUAACGCUGGUCGUGUGUUAUUUAUCAUUCUCUGUGUGAUCCAAAUAUAAAACAUGGAAUAUUUCCUCCAUCAUAUUGACGUGAGACUACCUUAUUGAACACAUGUACCUGUACUCUGUAUCAGUCUGUGACAAUCAAGUAGCGUUUUAUUUCUUCAUGUUCAACUAUCCUGAAAUAUAUGGACUAGAUACAGCUUUUCGUAAAACAAAUAAAUAUUUACCAGUACA